UUGUUACAGUUUCACCCUCUCUUUCCACUAGCCACUCCACCACCACCAAACCAAAAUAUUUUCUUCUCUCUCCUCCCCUCCCAUGGCCAUGGUCCAUGCCAAUCAACCCACCUAAGCAAUGAUAAAUCGGUCAGCCGAUUUAAAGACAUUCAUUUUAGUGGCAAAGUAUAUAAAUUGGGGCCAUACUAACCCCUUAGGUAAAGAUUUUAUUAACCACUGAUAUAUUUCUGACCGAAAAUCUUAAAAGUGAUGGUGGUGUACAAAUAAGUCCCUAAAUAGUAACUACUCCAAAUCGUUGAUUUGGGACUUCGCCAGACAAGACAUAACUGAAGACGGGAGAAAAUGCUGCAGUUUCCGGCGUUUAUGACCCAAUUUCCGUCGUCGGAGCGGAUGAUUCCGGCGUCACUUCUACUCCAACACCAAUUAGCGAAUGCCCAAAACGAAGACGAACUCUUAGCUUUGGAAGAAUCUGAAUUUCUCGACAAGUGUAAUGAAAUUAAAAAGUUGAAUUGCAACGUUGUUGUGAUUGGGAAAACAAAGGUGGAUAAUGAUAAAGAAGACGUUGACAAUGAUGCUGAAGACGAUGAUGAAGCUGACAAUGCUGAAGAAUCAGAAGGCGAGUUCGAACAGGAAACUGCCUAGUCGGACUCUUGUGGACUGAAUUCAAUUCCUAUAUUGCAAAUGUCUCUCGCUUUAUUUUCUAGCUCGGAAGAGCUUGUAGUAGAAACAGCAAAGUACUUGUGGAUUGAGUUCCAUUACCACAUGCCAAGUACAGUAUGAUGUACUCCAUACUACUUGGAAAAUGGUUUGGUAAAGUAUCCUCUUUAGUGUCCUUGUAGCAAAUCUUGUGUUUAUAGGUGAUUAGUGAGAAAACUGAGUGCAUACUCAAAAUUUGAACCAGAUUAUUGUAUUUCUCCUUACUAUAUUGCCCGAAAAGUUUCAGUGUUUUGGAAAGUGUUCCAUACAAGAAUUUGCCUCAGAAGAAAUGCACACUCGUAUAUAUGGUGAAAGUUAAUUGGAUCUCUCA